GAGCAAUGUGCCUGUCUUUCUAUUGAUAGGAAAUUUUACGUCCAAGGCAUUUGCAACAUUCCAAAGUUAACUGACCAGCAUAACUGAACGGCUCCCAUCCAAUUCAAGACCACGACCAAACGAGAUCGCCUUUGUAAAAUUCCCCCUUUUCUCCUUGGCCCAGAUCUAUAUCGAUCUUUCGCAAGACGUUUUUGCCCUUCACUCCUGGUGUGACCGGAGUUUGAGAAACCUCAAGUGUCGAGGUUUCGAGCCAUUGACAAUAUGGUUGGGCCGUCGCCAGCGGGGACAGUCCCAUCCCAUGCGCAGUCGUCGCUACCCUCGUUACCAGCCCAUUUGCAAUCAGACACGCAUUUGACUGCCCAUUUAGCCAGCCGUUUUCAUGUCGGCUUACCUACCGCUCGCCUGUCUUCCCAAGCUCUAAUCAGUCUUAACACAUACACUUCGUCUUCGAAGGGACCCGAUGGCGGUAAGGAUGGCAGUGCGAUGGGUGAGGCUGAAGAUCUCGCCCGACGUGCUUUCACUCGUCUGGGUGCCCGUGGAGAGAAUCAGGCUAUUGUCUUCCUGGGAGAGAGCGGGUCUGGAAAGACCACUCUUCGCGCACAUGUGCUAUCGUCUUUUCUCUCGUUCUCGUCAACACCAUUGUCGUCCAAGCUGUCAUAUGCCUCCUUUGUCUUCGAUACAUUGACAACGACCAAGUCCUUAACCACGCCAACCGCCUCAAAAGCGGGGCUGUUUUUGGAACUACAGUACGACGGGUCAUCGUCGGUCAACCCCACGCUGAUCGGUGGUAAGAUUAUCGACCACAGACUCGAACGCAGUCGCAUUGCUUCCGUCCCCACGGGAGAGAGAAGCUUCCAUGUGCUCUACUAUCUCUUGGCCGGAACCAGCGCGGCAGAGAAAAGCCACCUAGGAUUCGAUAACUCUAUCCACGUCUCGACAAGUGGCGGUAAGUUGUCGUCUGCAUCGAUAGGCAACAAAAGGUGGAGAUAUCUGGGUCAUCCAACCCAGCUGAAAGUGGGUAUCAACGACGCGGAAGGCUUCCAACAUUUCAAGACCGCACUCAGGAAGCUCGAGUUCCCACGCAGUGAGAUAGCCGAAAUCUGCCAAAUUCUUGCUGCCAUUCUUCAUAUUGGCCAGUUAGAUUUCUCCAGCGGACAAGCUACUUUAACAUCAGCAGAAGAGUCCGGCGGUUACUCCCAUGAGGGUGGGGAGACUGUCACAAUAGUGAAAAAUAAGGAUGUCCUGUCGAGCGUCGCCGCGUUCUUGGGUCUUGGAGUCGAGGAACUUGAGAAUAGUUUCGGCUACAAGACCAAGACUAUCCAUCGGGAGCGUGUGACAGUGAUGCUUGAUCCGAAAGGUGCCCGGCAAAAUGCCGAUGAGCUUGCGCGUACCAUUUAUUCCCUAUUGGUUGCUUAUAUCCUUGAGACAAUUAAUCAGAGGAUAUGUGCCGCAGAGGACAGUGUCGCCAACACUGUUUCUAUCGUUGAUUUCCCUGGGUUCUCUCAAGCUUGUUCCACUGGGUCCACGCUGGAUCAACUCCUUAGCAAUGCAGCUACCGAAUCAUUGUACAACUUCUGCCUGCAGUCCUUCUUCGAUCACAAGGCAGAUAUGUUGGAGCGUGAAGAGGUAGUUGUCCCCGCGACGAGCUACUUCGACAACACUGACGCUGUCCGUGGCCUGUUGAAACACGGAAAUGGGCUCCUCAGCAUUCUCGAUGAUCAAACCAGACGUGGCAGGACGGAAGCCCAGUUUGCUGAGUCGUUGAGGAAACGCUUCGAAAACAAAAACCCCGCCAUUGUCGUGGGAAGCUCUGGGUCCACUCAUGGUACCGGCUACGUCUCACAGCAAGCGCGCUCGGCAUUUACCGUGAAACACUUCGCUGGUGAGGUUGAUUACUCCAUCUCUGGUCUCCUUGAAGAAAAUGGAGAGGUCAUCUCCGGUGACCUUAUGAAUAUGAUGAGAUCCACCAGAAGUGACUUUGUGAGAGAGCUCUUCGGACAAGAAGCAUUACAGACAGUGACCCAUCCCAAGGAAAAGAAUGCCAUUAUGCAGGCUCAGGUAAGCUCAAAACCUAUGAGAAUGCCUAGUAUGGCGAGGCGGAAAGCCGGCCCAUCGUCUCGACUUGCUUUCGAUGCACCUACCGCCGAAGAACCAGAGGAUCAUGAGAGCUAUGGGGGAAGUACGACCAAGAGCUCUGGAAGGCGAAAAAGCGCGAUGUCGAUGACCGGUAUUCAAGGUGCUGCCGGACAAUUUCUUUCAUCACUCGAAAUCGUCAACAAAUGCCUCAGUUCACCGGGCUUAAAUCCUUACUUCUUUUUCUGUUUGAAGCCCAACGACCGGCGAAUUGCGAAUCAGUUCGACAGCAAGUGUGUGCGAGCUCAGGUGCAGACAUUUGGCAUUGCUGAGAUCAGCCAACGUCUGAGGAACGCCGACUUUAGCGUUUUCCUACCCUUCGAGGAAUUCCUAGGUCUAGCUGAGAUAGGCAACGUCGUGGUGGGGAGUGAUAAAGAAAAGUCCGAAGUCGUGUUAGAUGAGAAGCGGUGGCCAGGUAACGAAGCUCGUGUAGGCAGUACCGGUGUUUUCCUCAGCGAACGCUGCUGGGCAGACCUCGCAAAGGUGGGCGAGAGAGUUGUUCCUGUCUAUCACGCUGACGGCUCGGAGGAAGGUGGCGAUGGCCUCCUUCAUCCACGUACCGCAGCUUAUGGUGAUUCCAAGGUCCGCCUAUUGAACCCGGCAGACCAGUCUCCCGGCAACUUUAUAUACGGCGAUGAGAGCAAGCAGGGUUACUUCGGGAGUCGCGACCUUGAUGGGCGAUCGGAGGCUGGGGGCUCUGGCCUGAAUUCAGGUGAUAUGUUCCACAAUCUCGAAACUAGGGAGCAGAUGUUGGAGAAGGGAAAUGAGAAGAAAAUGGAAGAAGUUGAUGACGUCCCCGUUUCUGGCAGUCGCAAGCGCUGGAUGGCACUAGUUUACCUGCUGACGUUCUACAUUCCCGACUUUGCUAUUAAGUGGGUGGGUCGGAUGAAGCGAAAGGAUAUACGAACUGCUUGGCGUGAGAAAUUCGCUAUCAAUCUAAUCAUUUGGUUCAGUUGUGCCUGCGCCAUCUUCUUCAUUGUCGCCUUCCCCGGUCUAGUUUGUCCCACUCAGCACGUUUAUUCAGCCUCGGAAUUGUCUUCACAUAAUGGCAAAAACGGCCAUAGCUCUUACAUUGCCAUUCGCGGCGUGGUUUUCGACCUCGAUAAAUUCAUGCCCAGACACUAUCCUGAUAUUGUUCCGCAAUCGGCUUUGAAGAAAUACGCCGGUGUUGACGCCACCGGUCUCUUUCCUGUGCAAGUAUCCGCGUUAUGUCAAGGCAAGUCUGGCUCGGUCGACCGCACGGUUCUUCUAGAUUACACGCCUACGAACAUAUCCGGGUCGGUGACGACCAUCAGCACUGGGGAUGUUAACGCGAAAUAUCAUGAUUUCCGCUACUUCACCAACGACUCCCGCCCAGAUUGGUUCGCGGAACAGAUGAAGGAACUGCGGGCGACCUAUCUGAAGGGAUAUGUUGGUUAUAGUCCCCAGUACAUCUCCACUCUGGGCAACAAGAAGUCCCAGAACAUUGGAAGCAUAAACGGGAAAGUCUACGACUUAACAAACUAUAUCAGCGGAGGUCGACGGGUUGCAGCUCCUCCUGGAGAAGAGCUUCCGGCUAAUGUCGACAGGGAGUUCAUGGAUCCUUUGGUUGUCUCCCUCUUCCAAGAUCUUCCUGGACAGGAUUUAAGUAAACACUGGGAACAGCUGAAUAUAGAUGCAGGCAUGCGCGACCGCAUGCAGAUGUGCCUGGAUAACCUUUUCUUCGUCGGCAAGGUCGAUACGCGUAACUCAACCCAAUGUCAGUUUGCGCGUUACUUCAUCCUUGCGAUUUCGAUCCUGAUCUGCUCGGUUGUCGUCUUCAAAUUUGCCGCCGCUUUACAAUUUGGCAGUAAAAACGUCCCCGAGAACCUUGAUAAGUUUAUCAUUUGCCAAGUGCCCGCCUACACUGAAGAUGAGGAGUCCCUUCGUCGUGCAAUGGAUUCCAUGGCCCGCAUGCAGUAUGACGACAAGCGUAAACUGCUUGUUGUCAUCUGUGACGGUAUGAUCAUUGGACAAGGAAACGACCGUCCUACUCCAAGGAUAGUACUGGAUAUUCUGGGCGUUCCGGAAUCAGUAGAUCCUGAACCCCUCAGCUUUGAGAGUUUGGGAGAGGGCAUGAAGCAGCACAACAUGGGCAAAAUCUAUUCUGGUCUAUAUGAGGUGCAGGGUCAUAUUGUUCCUUUCCUAGUUGUCGUGAAAGUUGGAAAGCCUUCGGAAGUCUCGCGACCUGGUAACCGUGGAAAACGUGAUUCUCAGAUGGUACUUAUGCGCUUUUUGAACCGCGUGCAUUAUAACCUUCCCAUGAGUCCCAUGGAACUGGAGAUGUACCAUCAAAUACGUAACAUUAUUGGUGUCAAUCCCACGUUCUACGAGUUCAUCUUGCAGGUUGAUGCUGAUACGGUUGUUGCUCCCGACUCGGGAACUCGAAUGGUCGCUUCUUUCUUAGCAGACACACGGAUCAUAGGUCUCUGUGGCGAAACAGCCUUGACCAAUGCUAAGCAUUCAGCGGUGACUAUGAUCCAGGUUUAUGAAUACUAUAUCUCCCACAACCUCAUCAAGGCUUUCGAAAGUCUUUUUGGUUCAGUCACUUGUUUACCAGGCUGCUUUACUAUGUACCGAAUUCGCUCUGCGGAGACCGCAAAACCGCUUUUUGUUAGCAAAGAGGUGGUAGAAACCUACUCGGAAAUCCGUGUUGACACACUUCAUAUGAAGAACCUGCUACAUUUGGGUGAGGACCGAUAUUUGACAACCCUUCUGAUGAAGCAUCAUCCGACUUUCAAAACCAAGUUUCUCUUUGCAGCUAAGGCCUGGACGAUUGCUCCUGAAAGCUGGACGGUCUUCUUAUCCCAACGUCGUAGAUGGAUCAACUCCACUGUCCACAACUUGAUUGAACUGAUUCCUCUUCAGCAGCUUUGUGGUUUCUGCUGCUUUAGUAUGAGGUUCAUUGUCUUCGUUGACCUUCUCAGUACCGUCAUCCAGCCUGUUUCGCUUGCAUACAUCAUCUACUUGAUCGUUUGGAUUGCCAGAGAUACGUCUACCAUUCCAUACACGGCUUUUAUUCUUAUUGCCGCGAUUUACGGUCUCCAGGCCCUUAUCUUCAUCUUCCGUCGGAAGUGGGAAAUGAUCGGCUGGAUGAUUAUCUACAUCCUAGCCAUGCCUGUGUUUUCCGUCGCUCUGCCCCUUUAUGCGUUCUGGCACAUGGAUGACUUUUCUUGGGGUAACACUCGUAUCAUCACUGGAGAACAGGGCCGCAAAGUCGUCAUUUCAGACGAAGGAAAAUUCGACCCUGACUCCAUUCCGAAGAAACGGUGGGAGGAGUACCAAGCGGAGCUCUGGGAGGCGCAGACAUCACGAGAUGACCGUUCGGAAGUUUCGGGCUUCUCCUACGGCACCAAGUCAUAUCACCCUGCACAGUCUGAAUAUGGGUUUGCGGGAACUAGGCCCAUGUCGCACUUCGAUCUUCCACGCCAUGGGUCAAGGAUGUCUCUAGCACCUUCGGAGAUGAUGAGCCGCCAUAUGGACAUGGAAAUGGAGGAUCUAUCACAUCUGCCCAGCGAGGAUGCCCUCCUCGCGGAGAUCCGCGAGAUCCUGCGCACAGCGGAUCUGAUGACUGUGACGAAGAAGAGUAUCAAGCUAGAGCUGGAGAGACGAUUUGGUGUGAAUCUAGAUGCCAAGCGUCCAUAUAUCAACUCAGCCACCGAAGCUGUUUUAGCAGGCGCGCUCUGAUCUGAGGGUCAGUCCAAGGCUCUACGCUACGCCUAAAAUGCCUAAAAAGAGAAUGCCCGUUAUCUUGUAUAAAAACAAGAUUUAAUAUUCGCAUGCCCAAUGUGCCCCCAAGUUAAACUCGCAACU